UACAACGGUGCAGAAGCCAGAUCGCGUGUGUGAGAUCCUCCUCGACCUCGAAGGCUCACAACAUACAAUCCGAACUGCCCAGCUGUUUCGAGCAUUGUCAGAGCAAAGAUGUCGGCAAAGUCCACAGCGGGCCCAGGUGGCAGGAAGCCUGCAUCUGCGGCGACCAAUCUCAUUGCCGGUGGAGGAGCUGGAAUGAUGGAGGCACUCGCGUGUCAUCCUCUCGACACCAUCAAAGUCCGUAUGCAGCUUUCGCGGCGAAAGGCAGGCAUCAAGCGCCGUGGAUUCAUCAAGACCGGUAUGGAGAUCGCGAAGAAGGAGACACCGCUGGGUCUGUACAAAGGUCUUGGAGCUGUGUUGACCGGAAUCGUCCCGAAGAUGGCGAUUCGCUUCACCAGCUAUGAGUGGUACAAGCAAAUGCUGGCAGACGAGAACGGCAAGGUCAAGGGAUCGGGAAACUUCUUGGCUGGUCUCGCAGCAGGUGUCACAGAAGCCGUGGCGGUGGUAUGUCCCAUGGAAGUGGUCAAGAUCAGACUGCAAGCCCAGCACCACAGCAUGGCGGAUCCUCUCGACCUUCCCAAAUACCGCAACGCCGCACACGCCUGUUACACUGUCAUCAAGGAGGAAGGAUUCGGUGCGCUCUACCGUGGUGUCUCUCUCACCGCCCUCCGCCAGGGCACCAACCAAGCCGCCAACUUCACCGCCUACACCGAGAUAAAACAGAUCGUUCAAGAGCGCGCUGUCGACCCGCAAGCUCCUUUACCUGCCUACACCACCGCUGCGAUCGGCCUGAUCAGUGGAGCCGUCGGUCCGUUCUGCAAUGCACCCAUCGAUACCAUCAAGACUCGUCUACAAAAGACUCCAGCUGAGCCCGGCCAGACCGCCUUGGGACGCAUCACUGCGAUCGCAAACCACAUGUUCAAGCAAGAAGGUGCCCGUGCUUUCUGGAUGGGUAUCACGCCUCGUGUCGCACGUGUGGCUCCCGGUCAAGCCGUGACAUUCGCUGUGUACGAAUACCUGAAGGACAUUCUGGAGAAGGGUCGCGAGAUGAUUCCCGCAGACAAGUACGAGGAGUAGAAAGGCGAAAGAGCAGAGUUGGAAUGCGGGCGUUUUUGCAUGAUAAUCGGUGAAGACGAAAAGAGCUGGUCUAUGCGCAAGCGAGUCAUGGCGAGGUAUGUACCCAUAGCGGGAAAGCG